AUGGGGGAAAAUAUCAAAGAAAGAAUACCUACACCAGAGAAUAUGACCAUGCUCCAAGCCUUCGAAUGGUACGUUCCAGACGAUCAUAAACAUUGGCAAAGACUUCACGAUGCUAUUCCAUCCCUCAAAGCUACCGGUAUCGAUAAUAUGUGGAUUCCACCCGCAUGCAAAGCUGCUUCACAAUCUGGAAAUGGUUAUGAUGUCUACGAUCUCUAUGAUCUUGGAGAAUUUGACCAGAAGGGAGGUAGAGGAACAAAAUGGGGUAACAAGGAAGAAUUACUUAAAAUGGUCAAGAAAGCCAAUGAAGUUGGAAUGGGAAUUUAUUGGGAUGCCGUUCUCAAUCACAAAGCAGGAGCAGACCAUAAAGAAAAAUGUCAAGCCCAAGAAGUCGACGAAGAAGACCGCACCAAAACCAUUUCUGACCCCUACGAAAUUGACGCCUGGCUCGGUUUCGACUUUCCUGGACGCGGUCAAAAAUUCUCGAAACAAAAAUACCACUGGUAUCAUUUUUCGGGUACCGACUACAACGCCAAUAACGACCAAACCGCCAUCUACAAAAUCCUAGGCGAUAAAACCAAAGACUGGGCCAAUGCCGACGAUGUAGAUUCGGAAAAGGGUAAUUAUGAUUAUCUCAUGUUUGCAGAUUUAGAUUACGGACACCCGGAAGUCGAGCAAGAUGUGUUGAAUUGGGGAGGAUGGUUGGGUGAUCAAGUUAGUUUGAAGGGGAUAAGGUUCGAUGCGGUCAAACAUUUUAGCGAGGAUUUCUUGAGGAAAUUCAUCACGCUGAUGAAUGAUAAGUAUGGCCAGGGUUGGUUCUUUGUAGGUGAAUUCUGGAAGGAUAGUUUGGAUGAUAUGAAUAAAUAUCUGGAUCGUAUGGGCAGAAAGUUUAGUCUUUUUGAUGCUCCGCUGGUUUAUAAUUUUAGCAAGUUGAGUAAGACGGAGGCAGGGGAUUUGAGGACGGUUUUCGAUAAUACGUUGGUACAGACUUCGCCGGUAAAUUCUGUUACCCUAGUAAUGAACCACGACACGCAACCCUACCAAGCCCUCGAAGCCCCCAUCGAACCCUUCUUCAAACCUCUCGCCUACGCACUAAUCCUGCUCCGCUCCUCUGGCUACCCCUGCAUAUUCUACGGCGACCUCUACGGAAUCCGUGGCGAACAUCCUUUCCCCCCCUCAUGCAGCGGUGCCCUCCCAAGUCUUAUUCUCGCCCGCAAACUCUACGCUUAUGGCGAACAAGUGGAUUAUUUCGAUUACCCGACGUGUAUCGGUUGGGUGCGAUAUGGAACCUGGGAUCGGACAGCGGGUUGUGCGGUGCUGAUGAGUAAUGCGGGACCGGGGGAAAAGAGAAUGUUUGUUGGGGAGGGGCAUGCGGGAGAGAGGUGGACGGAUGUUUUGGGGUGGGGAAAUGGGGAGGUGGUUAUUGGGGGGGGUGGAUGGGCGGAAUUUAGCUGUGGGCAGGGGAGUGUUAGUGUGUGGGUUGACAAGGAGGCGGAGGGGAGAGAGAGGCUUGGGGGGUUUGAUGUGGAUGUUUAUAGGAGUUAG